UCUGUGUGUAGUGCAGUUUUAAUGUGAACAUUAACUAUUGAUUUAACGUUAGUUAUACUGCGACGUUUAUUUUUUUUACGUUCGGUGCCCACCACUGCAUCUCAUAAGUUGCGUAAUUGGAAAUGAACUAACGAACUUUUUUCUCUUCCUCUCUACUCUGAUUUCAGGUUUUGCACGCGUUCGAAUAUCAAACAUCCGAAAUUCGUUCCAAUAAGUUGCGUGAAAUCAGUCUUGUUGAAAGUUAUAUCUACCUAUAUCUGCCGGUUCUGAGAGUCAGUUAUGAUAUUACCUGGCAGACAACUUAGAAAAUUCGUAAAGCGGGAGCAAAUGUGGAAGAAAUGCCAAGUGUUUGCAUUGAGUCAUCUUGGAAAGUGCUUUCAGCGUUAACGAGAUUCAAUUUAAUAUCACAAGGAAAUAGUGGGGGAAAUGUGGGUUGUGAAAGUGUAAAGUUAAGGGUGGGUUAAUUCCAGCCAGCGUGUGAAAACGGUGCGAUUCGAAUCGAAAGAGCGAAAUUUUUGAGUGAUCAAUGUGUUAUAAAUAAUUAAAACCCGAAUCCCGGGUAGUGUUGUUACGGGGAUGAGUGUGUGAUUUCAAUGGAAUAAGAGUUUUUUUUUCGAUAAAGUGAAAACGACAAAAUGAGCGACACGGUCGAGCUGGAACGGUUGAUCAACUGUACCCAGGCAACGAUUCGGCGGUUUCCUUGGUCCACCGAGUACAAUGCGACCGUGAUUGGCGAGUUUAACCGGACGGAAAUAUUGGACGUGCUCGGUGAAAUGAUUACACGGGGGAAAAGCUACGUGCCGAAGGAGGCGGAAGCGGUGACAUUAAGGGAAUUCAUCACCGAGUGUCUCUUCCCGACAACCAAGAGCCCAUACGAGCUGCCGUGGCAACUGAAGACGGCCUGGGGUGUUGUGUUCGGUGCGAUGUUGCUGGUGGCCAUCACCGGCAACAGCAUCGUGCUCUGGAUUGUGCUGGCCCACCGCCGAAUGCGCACCGUGACCAACUACUUCCUGCUAAAUCUGAGCGUGGCCGAUCUGCUGAUGUCGUCCCUCAACUGUUCGUUCAACUUCAUCUUCAUGCUCAACUCGGACUGGCCGUUCGGGGCGGUGUACUGCACCAUCAACAACUUCAUGGCCAACAUGUCGGUGGCGUCCUCGGUGUUCACGCUGGUGGCCAUCUCGUUGGAUCGAUAUAUUGCCAUCGUGCAUCCGCUCCGGCACAGGACGUCCCGCAAAAAGGCCCGCCUCUUCCUGUUGAUCAUUUGGGCGCUGAGCUGCAUCCUGGCCGCCCCCUGCCUCAUGUACUCCACUGUGAUGACAAAGCGGUACCACAACGGGAAAACCAGGACCGUUUGCUACAUGCUGUGGCCGGAUGGACGCUAUCCGACCUCGAUGGCAGAUUACAUCUACAACCUGGUGUUCCUCAUCCUGACGUACGGCAUCCCGAUGCUGAUAAUGAUCGUGUGCUACUCGCUGAUGGGCCGGGAGCUCUGGGGAAGCCGUUCCAUCGGGGAGCACACCGAACGGCAGCUCGAGUCGAUGAAAUCGAAAAAGAAGGUAAGUGUCUUGCGAAGUAAAGUGCUUAUUCACACAUGCACGCACCCACAUCAAAGGAUGACUUCAAUAUAAAAGCCCUUUGCUCGUUGUCGUCAAUAUCGAGA